GAAAGAAUUAUUCCCGCUCGCCCUUGGGAUAAAUCGAGUCAGUAAAUCGCACGCUAACCCUUCUUCGGUUCCACUGAUCUCCCUCGCGCGCCACCGCUUUUUCUCCGGCCCUUUUGAAAAAGUUUGCCUUCUUCCGCCGGCGGAAUGAGUAGCUGGAGAAGUCUUGUGCUUCGAAUUGGAGAGAAAUGCGCCGAGUACGGCGGGAAUACCGAUUACAGAGACCAACUCGAGACCUGCUUUGGCGUGGUUCGACGUGAACUGCCGCAUUCCCAAGAUGAUAUUUUAUCGUUCCUUCUCCAGUGUGCGGAACAGUUGCCUCACAAGAUACCCCUUUAUGGAACACUGGUUGGGCUGCUAAAUUUGGAAGAUGAAGAUUCGGUCAAGAGAAUUUUGGAGGAUACACAUGGAAAUUUGCAGGUUGCUUUAGAUAGUGGAAGUUGUAACAGGAUCCGAAUACUUAUGCGCUUUUUGACUGCUUUGAUGUGCAGCAAGGUUCUCCAACCGAGUUCCUUAGUUGUUUUGUUUGAAACAAUGCUGUCUUCGGCUGCCACGACUGUAGAUGAAGAUAAGGGAAAUCCCUCUUGGCAAGCUUGUGCAGACUUCUAUAUUACUUGCAUCUUGUCUUGUCUCCCGUGGGGUGGAGCAGAACUUGUUGAGCAAGUUCCUGAGGAGAUCGACAGGGUCAUGGUAGGGAUACAAGCCUACAUGAGUAUCAGAAGGCAUGUAACUGAUGCUGGGUGCUCUGCUUUCGAGCAUAUUGAUGAUAGAAGUCAGGAUGAUGGUGGAAAAGAUUUCCUGGAGGAUCUAUGGAGCCGGAUUCAGGAUCUCUCUAGCAAGGCCUGGAAGCUGGAUAGUGUUCCUAGACCACACCUUCCAUUUGAACCACAACUAGUAGCGGGGAAGUCCCAUGACUUUGGUUCCUUGAACUGCCCUGAGCUUCCUGGUCCUCCGGCUUCAGCUACGAGCAUCACAUAUGGAAAACAAAAGCAUGAGGCUGAAUUGAAGUAUCCUCAGCGGAUUAGGAGACUUGAUAUUUUUCCUGCUAGUAAAUUUGAGGACUUGCAACCUAUAGAUCGAUUUGUUGUGGAAGAGUAUUUAAUGGACGUGCUAUAUUUCUUAAAUGGAUGUCGAAAGGAGUGUGCUUCAUCCAUGGUUGGCCUGCCUGUUCCCUUUCGGUACGAGUACCUUAUGGCUGAGACAAUCUUCUCUCAGAUUCUCUUACUGCCUCAACCUCCUUUUAGGCCAAUUUAUUAUACAUUGGUCAUUAUGGACCUAUGCAAGGCUCUUCCUGGUGCCUUUCCAGCAGUCGUGGCAGGGGCUGUUCGUUCACUUUUUGAUAAAAUUUCUGAACUAGACAUGGAGUGCCGGACUCGUCUUAUCCUUUGGUUUUCACACCACCUAUCAAAUUUUCAAUUCAUUUGGCCAUGGGAAGAAUGGGCUUAUGUCCUGGACCUUCCAAAAUGGGCACCACAGCGAGUGUUUGUUCAGGAGGUUUUGGAAAGGGAAGUGCGUCUAUCAUAUUGGGACAAAAUUAAGCAGAGCAUCGAGAGUGCCCCUGCUUUGGAGGAGUUGCUUCCACCGAAAGGUACGACAAAUUUCAUUUACAGUGCUGAAGAUGGAGAUCAAACCGAGCAUGGCCUCUCUACAGAACUAAGUGGCAUGGUUAAAGAACGAGUGACUACCCGUGAAAUUAUUUCAUGGAUUGAUGAUCAUGUGCUCACAAAUCAUGGUCUGGAUGUCACUCUCAGAGUGGUUGUUCAGACCCUUCUCAAUAUUGGUUCAAAAAGCUUUACUCAUUUGAUUACCGUAUUGGAGAGGUAUGGUCAAAUUAUUUCAAGGAUUUGUCCGGAUCAAGAAAGGCAAGUUAUGCUGAUUUCUGAAGUGAGUUCUUUCUGGAAGAACAAUGCUCAAAUGACUGCUGUGGCAAUCGACAGAAUGAUGGGAUAUCGCCUUGUAUCUAAUGUGGCUAUUGUGAGAUGGGUUUUCUUGCCAUCAAAUGUUAGUCAAUUUCACGUUUCUGAUCGUCUGUGGGAGAUACUGAGAAAUGCUCUUACCAAGACAUUCAAUCGUAUUACUGAUUUAAGAAAAGAGGUAUCGUCCCUCAAGAAGAGUGUUGUAUUGGCUGCUGAAGUUGCAUCUAGAGCCCAAGCUGAAUUAGAGGAGGCUAAGUCAAAGCUUACUCUUACUCUUGUGGAUGGUGAACCAGUUCUUGCUGAAAAUCCUGUGAAAAUGAAGCGUUUGAAUUCAAAUGUUGAAAAAACUAAACAGGAGGAGAUUUCUACUCAGGAAUCACUAGAAGCAAAAGAAGCUCUUCUUGCACGAGCUGUUGAUGAAAUUGAGGGAUUGUUUCUAUUUUUGUAUAAAAGCUUCUCUGAUGUAUUGGCGGAACCACUUCAAGACACGGAUGGGUCCUUGCACCCAUCUUCAGUUGAGGCAGAUGAAAUGGCUAUUGAAAAUGAAGACACUACGACAAUGGAAUUAGAUAAAGAGGGUGGUAAAUCCGAAAACAGUGAUUCCAACGGAGGAAGGACUGUAAAUGGUUAUAAUGUUGGUGAAAAGGAGCAGUGGUGUUUAUCAACCUUGGGUUAUGUGAAGGCCUUUACACGUCAAUUUGCUUCAGAAAUUUGGCCACUUGCUGAGAAAUUAGAUGCUGAGGUUUUGACACAAGAUGUUCAUCCCCUUCUAAGGAAAGCUGUAUAUUACGGUUUGCGUCGGCUCGAUGAGGUUUAGUCUGUCUUUUUGUUUGCAUCAGUGGGCAAGAGCACUAUCUUUAGACAGAUAUCGACAAGUCUUGGUUAGAUGUGUCAUUUCAUUCAUAGUUGUUGCAGUUUUGACACUUGCUUAUCUUAACGCAUCAAAGAUUGGGUUAUAUUAUGCUUUACAACUAACUAGGAGAAAGUGUUUCGAGUUCUGAUAUUCUAGUAAAUAACAGAUGCCUUGUAGUA